GAAACAUCAAGAUCUCAAUCGUAGUGUUAACAUUAUAUAAAACAUGGCUAUUUUUUUGAUUGACACAGAAGCUAAUUAGUUUGCCUUAACUAUAAUUCAUCUUAUUUUAUUGUUUCAACUUUACUGAAUCAAAAUCAAAAUGAUCAGGACCAUUGCUAUUCUUGCUUUGUUUGUUGCUUGUGCUCAAGCUAGAAAUGUUAGCUUAAAUAACUGCUCAACAGCACCAACUGGAAAAAUUAACUGGAUUACCAUUGACCCUUGUCACGCUGAACCAUGCACCUUCCAGUCAGGAGGAUUAGUUACUGUUGAAGGCGAAUUAGUUAGUGCAACUGGUUCAGAUGAUCCAAAAUUGCUUGUUCAAACUGAACUUCUUGGUGUUAUGGUACCUUACCCUGGUCUGAGCUCUGAUGCUUGCAAAUACCUGACUUGUCCUCUUAAAGCCAAUGUUAUUACUCCAUUCAAGAUUAGCUUGGAUACUACUAAUUGGCUUCCAGCUGGGGACACUUUUAUAGAAUUCCAGCUUAAAGGUUCUGAUGGAUCCCAAUACAACUGCGCUUGGACUCAUAUUGAAAUAAGAAAAUGAAGAAUUAUUUUGUUAUAUAAAUUAUUCUUUCAAUAUGCUAUUUAAUAAAUAUAUAUUUUUUGAUUAUUGA